AUGAAGAUCUUGCUGGUGUUGUGCGCGUGCGCGUGGGUGUCGACGAGUGACGUCGCCCACAUCAAGGCGACCAAGGCGAAGAUCAUUGGGCGGAUCGCAGCGAAGACCAAGCAUCACAAACGUGGAAUACUUUCCGCUAUUCCUCCUUACAAGCUCGGACAUGAUAUUCCGGUUGUGACGCAUUCCGUGCUGAAGCCGCUGGUAGUCUCAUACCCACCUACUGCAGCCGUCACAGCUGUCAAAGUACCUAUUCCUCGUUUUCCGCACAUUGGCCAUAAACUGCCAGUGGCUCACCCUCAUUAUGCGGCUAGAUUUCCUCAUCACUCCAAAACAGUGCUACUACCAAAACCUGAUCAUCACUUCCAUCACCAUCAUCACCAUGUUGAGCCCAGACCCAUAGUCCCGGUAGUGCAUUCCGCUCCUGUGCCUGUUACUCCUUUAUUGCCAGUACCUCACCCCACAGCUACUAUAGCCCAACCUAUACCAGCACCACCUCCGGCCACGGUGAUCCAACCUACUCCAAUAGUACCAGCACCUAUACCUCAUGCACAUCCAGUCCCCGUUGCUCCUGCAGUUCCAAGUUUUGCGCAGGAACAUUUUCACUUUAGACCAGUGCUACCAGCUGCUCCAGCACAGCUUCAACCAGCANUAUUGCCAGUACCUCACCCCACAGCUACUAUAGCCCAACCUAUACCAGCACCACCUCCGGCCACGGUGAUCCAACCUACUCCAAUAGUACCAGCACCUAUACCUCAUGCACAUCCAGUCCCCGUUGCUCCUGCAGUUCCAAGUUUUGCGCAGGAACAUUUUCACUUUAGACCAGUGCUACCAGCUGCUCCAGCACAGCUUCAACCAGCAUCAGUUGUUGGCCCCGCGUAUUCUCAAAUCCCAUACAUCCUUCGACCUGCUCCACAGGCGGCUCUCGGACCAGUAUUGUUUGACCGUCCGCAAGCUCCCCAUCUUCAUUACGUACCUCAAGCUGGAGUUCAAGAUGGAGUAGUAAUAGAGCCUCAAGCACCAGCAGUUCCCAUUGAGCAUCAAACAUUUUUACAUCAGACGCAAAUAGGUUUGCCUCAACCGAACUUCCAAGUUCAUCCUGGCCAACAAGAAGUUCACUUACACCCCGGACAGCAAGAAGUUCAUUUACACCCCGGACAGCAAGAAGUUCAUUUACACCCUGGACAACAAGAAGUCCAUUUACACCCCGGACAACAAGAAGUUCAUUUACACUCAGGACAGCAUGAAGUUCAAUUACAUACCGCACAGCCCGCUAUACACUUACAAGGUCAGCCUGGACUACACGUUCAUCCAGCUCAACCUGAGCUACACUUCAAUCCUGGACAACCACACAUUCAUCUACAACCAGGUCAUCCAGACAUUCAUCUGCAACCAAAUCAUCCAGAUAUUCAUCUGCAUCAAGGUCAACAAGAAGUACAUUUCAACAUCGCUGGUCAACCAGAAGUGCAUUUCCAACCAGACCAACAUGACAUUCACUUCCAGCAUGCACAUCCCGAGGUACACUUUCAGCAAGGACAGCCCGCAGCACAUCCCGGACAGCCGGAACUCCACUUGCAGCCUGGAUAUACUGACGUACACUUACACCACGGGCAGCAAGACGUACACUUUCAACAACAACCUGGAGUUCAAGGUCAAACUGACCUGAACGUGCAACCACUGCAACCAGGUGUGCUGCAACACGCACAACCCGGUUUUAAUUUUAAUUCGGUGCAACCAGGAGUAAGCUUCCAGCCAGCUCAGCCAGAUCACGACGGUUGGAAUCCGGUCCAGACCCAGCCUCAUGACAUCAACCAAGGACAGCAGCCUAACGCUCAGUAUCCCCAAGACGGCCAGCAUCAAUUUACUCAAGAGCAAGGCCACCAAGUGUUCGAGAACCACGUGGGAGAAGACCAGUACCAUGACUACCAACACCAACUUCAAAACCACAUCCAGACUCAAAUCGAUCAGGCCCAGUACGAACAGAACUACAAUCACCAAAUAGGACAGGAGUACGGGGUGCCUCAGCAGAACUUCGGGCAGUCCAAUCAAGAUUUUUCUCAACACGGUCAAGAUUUUAACUUCCAGCAUCAGCCUUCGGCAGACUAUGGUGUACCCCAAGCUGAAGGAAGGAGCUCUGAAGGAGCUGAUGGAUCUGAGGAUCCUCAGAAAUUCCACAACCAUAUUCCCUUGGGCCUCCAGCCUCCUAUUGACAGACCUUUGGACAAAUUCCGGUAACAACUUCUCAUGUGAUACAAUACGAGUGAAAACGAACGGAAAUUUAAUAUCUUGUAUCGUUACACGUGAACGGAAAUGACGUAACGAUACACAUAGAUAUUGCAUUUCUUGAUUCGAUACAUUAUUUCUCACGUUCAUUAAUAUUGCCUAAUAUUUAAUUUAAGUACUAAUUUAUU